UCGGCCGCUGAUUCGUUCCUGUCUGCUACAACGUCACGAUCAUGAUUAGAAUUGAUGAUCGGACGUUUUGAUUUCAUUGUCUGGCGCAGGGACUCGUGAAAAAAAUCUGCUGAAUUCGAGCAGCUGCAGAUUUGUCAACAAAGAAAGGGCUGUGAUGAUUCCUGUGCUGAUUCGGGCGGGCGGAUGGCGUUUUCCUCAUCACUUCCAUUGGAGAUAUGUUGUUGAAUCUAGUGCCUUGAGAGCCAAUACACCUACAGUCAAGUCAUGCCACAGAGUGAAGAUCCUCAUCAUAGCCCCAGAAUAUGUUAGAACUUGCCAAAUUGUAUUGAGAUGUUCACAAAAAUAUCAGGCAAGUGAAAGGGAGUUCAGUUGUGAUCCUGUGCAUGCUGAAUGGCUUGCCGGAGUGAAGUGGUUGGGAUCUCAUUCUCACCUUGCCUGAAGUAUGGAAGCAUGGCAGGACAAGCGGGGUGUGCAUACUAUGAAUCUGCGGUCUGUGUUUACUGCUGAGCAACAGCGUAUCCUUGAGCGUUACUAUGAAAAUGGGAUGACCAAUCAAAGCAAAAGCUGCUUCCAGCUCAUUCUUCAGUGUGCUCAGGAGACCAAGCUUGACUUCAGUGUGGUCCGGACAUGGGUAGGCAACAAGAGACGAAAGCUGGCUUCCAAAGCUGAUAAGAAUGGUGUGGUGUGUUUGUCUAACCAUGGCAUUGUCAGUGCGGGAGGAACUCUUGGCCCGGUAUUAACGACAGAUGUGGCUGCUGUGUGUAGUGCUCAGCAUGGGCCAUCUACGGUUCACCUUCUCUCUCCCCAAACCACCUGCCCUUCAUCUUCAUCCUCCUCCUCCUCCUCCUCUCCAUCCUCUAAUGGAUCCAAAAACAAUAAUGAUGUUAUAGUGACUGGUGCUUACUCUCUCCCACGUGUUGUCAAUCACAUAGGGUCUUCAUCCCAAAGCAGGGCAGCUGCAAAAGUAGUACAACUAAAUUCUAAUACUGAGUCGAGUCUGCAUUCUCGGUCUGUCUUGCACCCAGAUGUGAUGUCCCUCCAACACAAAUCUCAUCAUAUCUCCAGUUCCAGUAGCUUCAUGUGUAGUCAGAUGAAAAGGAUUCCUCGAGACCUGGCAUCACUUGCCCCCAGCUGGGUGAAGCAAUGUGGUGCUCAACAGCACCAGCAAUGGCCCCCUACUUCACAUCAACAAACAGUGUCAAACCUACACCGAACAGCCCCAGCAGCGACUACAGAAAGUGGGGUCAGGAUACAGCAGGUGUUCACCAUUGCUGGGUUAGCAGAGGCCUCACAACGACCUUCCAGUGAAAAGAAUCAAGAUCACAGGAUAAGAAAUACAUGUGUGCUAGAUUCAUCAGAAAGCUUUUCAAUUGCAAUGGAAACAGGAGAUGCAGAUGACGAAUAUUCAAGGGAGGAAGAGUUGGCAAACAUGGGCGCCCAGAUGCGGCUGAGCAAGUCUACAGGUAGCAAUGUUAGUGGAGAGGAAAACAGUAGGUUCUCAUCAGAAGAGCCAUCAACAAUUAAUAGCCAGGCUAUGUACACUGUGACCGCAAAGAACCUGCUGGAGGUAGCCCACAGUUCCCCUAGUUCUGUGCAUUUUGGAGAAAAAGGGUGCCAAACCAACUCUGCUUUGCUGCUUGAUUCAGGCUCCAGUAGCAGCUAUCCAAUAAGACACUUUGCAGAGUCUUCUCCAUCUAGAAUACCCAAUCUCAAGGUAAGUAUCAUGUCAUCUCCCUGGCUUCUUAGCAACUCCCGUAAAAGAACGCUCCAGGAUAGGACCCAGUUUAGUGACGAAGAUCUGUACACACUAAAGAGGUACUGGGACAACGGCAUGACCAGUCUGGGCUCUGUGUGCAGAGAGAAGAUUGCGGCAGCUGCCACUGAGCUCAGCGUGGACAGUGAAAUUAUUAAGACAUGGAUUGGUAAUCGCAGAAGAAAGUAUCGACUGAUGGGCAUUGAUAUUCCACCUCCCAAAGGUGGGCCAGCGACCUUUCCUAAAGAGCUACAAACACCUUUGACCCCAGAGGGAGACAAGCCUAAGUCUGUUGAACCACCACAGGACAGCGAGCAGAAUGAUUCAUUGUCACUUAGUUUAUCUGAAUAUGGAGCAGGUGACUCCUAUCUGAGGGAAAAUGAUGAUGGGACAGAUGGACUGGAUAGAUCUGCUGUUGCUGAAAAUGUGAAGAUUGAAAUAGUUGGUGAAGGUGAUGAUGAAGACGACAGUGAUGUGAUGGCCAAUGAUAUGGAACAAAUGCAUAAUCUUUUAGAGUACAAACAUGAGGAAGUCCAGUAUCUUGAGAGCGAGCUAGAGAGACAAAAACAGAAGUACCAUGAGCUGAGGACCUUUACUAAAAGCCUACUUUCAGCGCUGAAGAGCAGUGACACAGAAAAGCAGCAUGAGCUUUUAGCCAACCUACCUCACCAAGUGGAAGACGACUUUGUAUCGAGUCCAGAAAGGACUGCUGAGUCUAGCUUCGAGAUGAGCAUCACUCAGAAGGAUUCCUCUGUAUCAGAGGGGGAGGGGGAUGCUGAGCCCAUGGGACAGUAGUCCAUCCUCUCCUGUAUAAACACACUCACUACACCGUGCCUGUGGUAGAUUCCCAAGAACUCUAACAGACCCACUGCAGCCUUUUUUGCUGCUUUAAUCCAGUCUUACAUCAAUAAACUUCUCUAACUUGA